GUGUUGUCAAUGGUGUUGUACCGGUCGUACGUCGAGCGCUCGUGUUUUGAACCUGUGAUAUGGCUGGCGCCUUCCCUUCGCAGCCAGCUCGCAGCUCAGCAAAGGCUCCCAGACGAGCGGCUCGACUUGCGACUGCCAGGAUAGAGCAGUCAAGCCUCAAGUAUAAGUUGCUGUUCAGACACUCGCAGUGGCCGAGCAGCAGAGAUCUCUCCAGCCAGAGAGGCGUGUCCCAGCCUUCAAACCUGCAGCAUGCCACGCAGAAGGUUCCGAGACUCACUGGUGAUGAUGUUGAUGUCCCUGCCCAAAGCAGCAAUAGGCUAAAGUCACUGGAAUCGCCUGGUAGGGUGCCACGACAACCCGUGCUGAAGUCAGACACUGGAGACUCUGUUGACUGUUGGUGACCUGGCCCAAAGCAAGAAGCCACAGUCACAGGAAUUUCCUGAUAGGGUGCCACAGAAAUCUGUGUUCAAGUCAGACACCAAAGACUGUGAUGUCGUUGAUAACCCCACCCACAGCAAAAAGAAAAAGUUUAAAAAAUCACGUGAUAGGGGGCCACGAAAGACCGUGUUUAAGUCAGACACUGUAGACUCUGAUGAUGUUGACGAUUUGGCCCAAAGCAAGAAGGCAAAGUUACAGAAAUCACGUGAUAAAGUGC